AUGAACAAAUACCCGCCAAAACCCAACCGAGGUCAACAUUCAACGGCCCCUCUAUACUUCAAAUUCCGACCAAAAUCAAUUUCCUUUUGGUCUCCUUCAACUCCUUUACUUUGCCUCCAAAUGAACCCAACUCGCCGAUUCAAACGAGUUGCUUCAAAACCCAAUAGAUCAAUCCAACCGAGUCAAUCCAGUAAUGACCUGGAAACUCGGACGAGUCACCGUUCCAAAUCAGUGACCGUUAGGGCCAAACCCAAACCCAGACAAAUACAACCCCAGCCUCAACCCAGACUCAAAAUCGAGUCUUCUCCAGUUUCUGACCCUUCUUUUCCCAAAACCACGAUACUGUCCCCCGGGUUCUUUCAGAUUGACGCUCUUGAUUUGGCGCCACGUUUGCUUGGCAAGUUUUUAAGGAGAGAUGACGUUGUUCUUCAGAUUACUGAGGUAGAGGCUUAUAGACCAAAUGACUCAGCUUGUCAUGGUAGGUUUGGAAUCACAGCAAGGACAGCCCCUGUUUUUGGUCCUGGAGGGCAUGCAUAUGUUUAUCUUUGCUAUGGUCUUCAUACAAUGCUCAAUGUUGUUGCUGACAAGGAAGGAGUUGGGGCUGCAGUCUUAAUACGAGCAUGUGCCCCAGUGUGCGGUUUAGAGACCAUUCAGCAGCGCCGAGGUCAGCAAACUGAGAAACCUAUUCUUCUCACUGGACCUGGAAAGGUUGGUCAGGCACUUGGAAUUUCCACAGAAUGGUCUAACCAUCCCCUUUACACUCCUGGUGGUCUGGAACUCUUAGAUGGGCCACAGCCAGAGAAGAUAGUAGUUGGUCCUCGUGUUGGCAUUGAAUAUGCUUUACCUGAGCACGUUAGCGCCUUGUGGAGAUUUGCCAUUGCAGGUACCUCUUGGAUAAGUGCUCCUAAAAACACUCUCAGGUCUCCCUAGCUACUCUUGAAUUCUUGGCAGGUAAGGGGACUCCUUGUUGGGAUUGAGCACAGGAAAUUAUAUUCAUAUGAACUGUUUUCAAUCUCUUUCUGUUUUCCUUUGUCAUUGGAGUACAGGAAAGUGUGAUAUGUGAAACAUGUUUCAAAGCAUUGUAAAUAAAGAAAGCCUAUAAAGCAAACAGAAAUUUCUCAAUGUCUUGCUCCUAUAUGACCUAAGCCUUAGUUU